AUGGCAACAAUCGUAGAUGAUUCGAAUUCGAAUUUGUUUUGGUCAGGAUCAUCAUGGAAGACGGAACAUAGUGAUGAUCCCUUGACGGGAAAGUAUUUCAACAGUGGAGAAUACUGUAUCAUAGCAUGGGAGGGAACAGACAUCUACGUAUAUGGGGCACGACGUAAGAAAUUCACAUGCUUACACCCAUAUGUGCUCAGUCAUGGACUAUACGGAGUAGUGAUAGAUGGAGGAGAUAUCCAGUAUUUUUCAGGUUUCUCACAAGAUGGUCAAUUCCAAGCUACCCUAUUCGCCACCAAUGGUCUGCAGGAUGGCUCGCACACAUUGAAGAUAUCGAAUGAAAAUGAGAGAAAUCAAGAUCAGUAUCCUGAUUAUGUUUGGCUGGAUAUCGAUUCAGUAGCUGUUAGUGGUACUUUAAUUAAUGCAGAUACGUCUGCUUCUUCGUCGUCUACAGCCUCAUCAACAAUCAUAUCUUCAUCUUCCUCUGGGAAUUCAUUAAAAUCUACUGACAUAUCCUCAGGUCAAUAUUCAGCAACACUCUCAUCAGCAACGAUAAUCUCUACAGCUUCGGAGGUUCUGACAUCAAGUAGUCAAUCUCGAUUACCACCCACCGAUGGUCCAGUGGCAUCUCCGGUUGCAGAUCCUUUAGCCACGGCGGAGAAUAGCGAGCAAUCAAAUGAUCGAAAGACUAUCACCCUAGCAAUUUCUAUACCUGUCAUUGUCAUCUCGUCAAUCGUCAUAUUCGUCUUUGUCGGUUUGUAUUUCUAUAGAAGGAGGAAGAGAAGGUAUGAGAGACAAUAUGAUCAUGGCUACAAUGGAUAUAUGGAGGAGCCUCAGAGUUCUUGGAGAUGA